AUGGGGGCCCUUCACCCUGUCCUCUCCUCUCUCUCUCUCCCUCAUUUGCCCACUCAGACAUGGUUGACUGGCGUGGUCCAGGAGGAAGAAGAAGAGGAAGAGGAAGAAGAAGAAGAAGACUGA